UUCUGUCCCUGCGCUCGGGCGGAGCGGGAAAUGAAAACUAAAAGGCGGAGCGGGAGCUGCCGCCGCCGCCCUCUGACGAGACCGGCGAGGCAGAGCGAGCGCCGAUCCGCCCUGCAGCACCUCCUCGGCUGGCAGCGGCUGGGCGGGCCGGCCAGGCUGAGGAGCUCCGCAGGGGUGCCUCUGUGCGGGUAGACGUGGUGUCCCGAGUGCCUGCCGCCGAGGCUCGAAGCGCUCCGGGUGCUGCGGGAAUUGUCUUUGUACAAUAUUGUUGAUGGGACAAAAAAGUGGACGUCAAGAAAGAAGCAAGAAACUAGAGCUGGCACUAAGUGAGACCAUGAAGGCAGCAACAGAAGUACAAAGUAAUAAAGAUGAAGCUGAAGGGCUGAAGGCAAAAGACCAGAGGCUAACAUCAGUCUUUGGUGUGGCAGAUUUAAAAAAUGGAGCUAUUGGACUGUACAACGUUGGACAGAGCUGCUGUCUGAACUCUCUGCUCCAAGUGUUCCUCAUGAAUAUACACUUCACAGGGAUACUUCGAAGAAUGACAGUGCCACCACGUGCUGGGCAGAAGAAUAGGAAUGUCCCGUACCAGAUGCUCCUGCUGUUGGAGGAGAUGCAGUGUGGCAAGCAGAAAGCAGUUUUUCCCACACCCCUCGCUCUCUGUCUUUCUGGAUACAGAGUGAAAUUGUUUGUGCAGCAUGAUGCUGCCCAGCUCUUUCUGACUCUCUGGAACUUGAUAAAGGAUCAGAUGAAAAAGCCAGAGCUGGUUGAAGAGCUGAGUUCUUUGUACACUAUCUGUGUACAGGAGCACCUGGCUUGUCAGAAAUGCUCUCUUGAAACAAAGAGGAAGAGCAAGAUGUUAACCCUUCCACUCCCAAUGUUGGAUGCUGAUUCUUGCGUGCUGAAGACUCUGGAGGACUGUCUGCAAUACUUUUUCCGUCCAGAAGAGUUGACGGAUCACAACAUGUGUUUCUGUGAACAGUGUGGAAGGAAAACACCUUUUCUGCAGAGCAUGAAGCUAGUCCAUCUACCACAGACUCUGACCAUACACCUAAAGCGCUUCUGCUUCGGAGAAUCAUCCUAUGUUCACAAGCUUAGUCACUAUCUGCCAUUCCCACAAGACCUUGAUUUCAAUGCAAUCUUGACAGAAAAUCAGUGCCAAGCAGAUGACAAUGAAAAGGCUUCCUGGCAGUAUGAGCUUUUUGCUGUUGUUGCUCAUUCAGGAUCAACUAGUUGUGGACACUACUGUGCCUAUAUUCGAAGUCUCACAGAAUGUAAAUGGUAUUGCUUCAAUGAUUCUCAGGUUUGCCAGGUAUCGUGGGAUGAUGUUAAAUGCACCUAUGGACAUUCCAACCUCAACUGGACAGAAACGGCCUAUCUCUUGAUUUACAUGAAAAAAUGCCCUAAGUAGCCUUACCAGGAGUAUCAGAAGUCUUGGGAAGCUGUGUGUUAUCUGUGGAACUCAGCAGCUCUGUGCCAGUGUGGACGUGUACAAAUGUUCCAGAAGACAUUCUGCACUCUGUCAGCAACCUCUGCCUUCACAUUUAUUUAUGAAAAAAGUGCAGGAGAGACUCAGCUAGAGAACUCUUUCUUUCAUAUAUUUUGGUAUUUAUGUGAUUCUAUAUGUUCAUUUCCUCUUAAAAGACAGUGGUGUUAGUCCCUGUCUCUGCUGACUUACCAGUUUCUUUAAUGUUGAUGCCUAGAUUCCAGUACAGGGCAGGCAUUUGGCUUUAAAGCCUGCGUGAUGUUCCAGGGAGCCAUGUGGUGUGGCUGAAGAGCUGUGAUAGUUGUACCUCACCAGUAAGACCAUAAGAGCUUGAGGCCUACUUUGUCCUUUUAGCACCGUGUUAGAUGCUGGCAAGCUGGGCAGGGCACCCCAAAAGUCUUGAGAAACAGCUGGAACAAAGAUGAGAACUCUUAUGACACAUGUGCCAGUGAUGUUUACUCCUUAACACCUUCCUGAGAAUGGAUCACUGCAGGGCUUGAGAUGCGUUUGAAACUUGGUGUCAGCAUAAAGAGGUGUUUUUAAAUCAGGAGCUCUUGUAGUAGUUCUGAUUUACACGAUGAGUUUGUAUGUAUUUAUGCAGACGAUUAUUGUUUUAGCAUGCUUAUCAGGCAUUUAUAUGCAUUUUCUUUCCUGUAUAGAGGAAAAUAUUCAGAGUAACAGAGAUUCUGAAGCUAGGUAGUGAUUUUUCACAAUGGUAUCCAUACACAGUGAUGGGAGGAGAAGUGAGAUGCCUUGAUGUGCUUGAACUCACGGGAUUUUCAGCUGGUUGCCAGCUGGAAUUUUCUUGCUUUCUCCCUUCCUUCUCUACCCACGGAGUGGAAACGUCCCUCAAGCAGAAAGUGUUCUGGAGAGAUCAAUUUUAUAAAGAGAGUGAGUAAUUUUUAAAUCUCCUGUUGAGUCCUGCCACUCUGUGCUGUUGGUUCAGCCUGUGCUCCCAUGGCAGGACCGCACAGCUGGAGGGAAAACGUAGAGAGAGCUAGAAAGGAAGGUUGGUAACAUGACAAUCCGAAGAAGAGUGUUCUAAAAGCUCAUCACAAGACUCAGCUGUGAGGAAAGUUAAAAGCAGUGGUUGUGAUGCUUUUAAAGCAUUCAUUGUGGUAAUUCUGGACGUACCACAGUCUGUGAAAGGAUCAGUGAUUUACAUCUCCAGUAGUUGGAGAUCUAAAAGUACCUUCUAGCCUAACGUAUUCUUUGACUGUAUCUUUACAAGGGUGCUAACUUUUUGGGACUGAGUACACUUAAAAAUUACUAAUUUAAUUAUAACAGCAUCUAUAUAUAUAACUUAAUUUUAUUUUGAUAAUGGUGAUGAAGUUCUCAAAUCAUGUCCACUUUCUGUUGGUGUGUGGAAGGUGAAUUGAGAAAUCUUGGAGCAUAGCUGUGAAAUUACAUUUUUAUGAACUAGCAGGUAUUUAUUUCACUGUACUAGCAAGGCCCAUUAUUCUGUUCAGCUCUCAUGUAUUUGUACUGUUCACUCUGCGUUAAAAAACCAAUAAUAUCCCAGUGUAUUGUUUGUCACCAGGAUGAGGAAUUUUCAGCCUAUUUGCCUUUGGGAAUGCGUUAAACUCUUUCUAAAGCACCUUGCAAUGGGUGAGUAAGAAAACCAUGUUCCUGUCCGCUUUAUCCAGCGCUUUGCAUAUGUGAAGUAGCUGAAAGACAGUGCCGUUCCAGAAAUUGAGAAGUUAAUGGGUUAAGAGACUGAUGAGACACUUCUAAUUUGAUAUAACCGGAAACUUAAAAACAAGCUGUGCUUAUGAAAAACGCCUUAAAUGUGUCAUAACCUUCCAGGUAUAUCACCCAACGUGGAAGCAAUUGCUGACAUAUAUUAAGAAUCUUUUCAGUCAGUAUCUUAAUGAAAAGUAAUCAGUGUCUUGUUUUGAAUAAAAUGGUAUUUGAAUAAAAUAAAUUUCCUAGA